CCUAUCUUUUGCGUGUUUAUGUGUGUGCGUUUGUGUUUUCCAUGAUGGUGGUUGCUGUUUCUGAAGCACCUUCAACGACACACCCACCACAAAACCCGCGAAACCCCAAAGCUUGUUCACAAGAUGGGUCCCAAAUCAACCCAAGAAGACCCCCAUUGUUACCAUCUGAGAAAGACAACAAUGGAAUUGGAAUUAACCCCAAAAGACCCAAAAAAAAACAAGUCCCUUCAAGAUACAUGUCCCCUUCUCCUUCCACUUCAAAUUCCUCAGUCUCUUCUUCAUCUACCACUUCCAGAAGAUUCCCAUCUCCUAUUGUUUCAAGAAAUUCGACACCGGCGUCUAAUACACCAGCUUUGGGACCGAAACGGUCUGUGUCUGUCGACCGGAGGCGUCCUGUGGCCUCUAGACCCCUCACACCAGACCUUGCUCCGAAACCUGGCAAUGCUCGUGAAAUGUCAGCUGCAACAAAGCUUCUGAUCACUUCUACUAGGAGUUUGUCGGUUUCGUUUCAAGGGGAAACGUUUUCUCUUCCUAUUAGUAAGACUAAGGUGGCACCACCUACACCAAAUUUGAGUAGUGUGAGGAAGUGUACAUCAGAGAGGAGGAGUAGUACUCCAGUGAGAGUGAAGGUUGAGAGAGAAGGACAUCAGGUGGAGAAUUCUAAACCAAUUGAUCAGCAUCUUUGGGCUGGUAGGACCCGGCAAGCAAAUCCAUUAUCGAGAAGUUUAGAAUGUGCUAGUCAGAAGAGUAAGUUUAUUGGAUCUGGGAAUGUCAUCAGGGCAUUGCAACAAUCUAUGAUUGAUGAGACUAGGAGGGCAUCCUUUGAUGGUAGAUUAAGUCUUGAUUUGGGCAAUCCUGAGUUGUUGAAGACAAUUUCACAAGAUCCAGAUGGGAAUUCAGUUAAUGAGUCGUCAGUGCCGUCUGAUCUCACUGCAUCCGAUACAGAUAGUGUUUCUUCUGGUAGUACUUCAGGAAUACAAGAAUGUGGUGCAGUUGCCCGUGGGCGAAGUGGGCCACAUGGAAUUGGUGGUUCGGCUAGGUUUUGGCAUGAAACUAACAGUCGGUUAAGGAGGUUGCAGGAUCCGGGUUCGCCUUUAUCCAUGAGUCCUGGGCCCAAAAGGGUAGUUCCUCCAAAGCUAACAAAGUUUCCAAGUGAUAGUCUAUUACCAUUGCCACGAACAAUGUCAUCGCCUAUUCAGGCAAGUGUUAGGCCUGCAUCGCCAAGUAAGGUUGUGCCAUCAUUUCCAUUGAGGAGAAUGCCUAGUCCAUCUCGGGUCAGAAAUGCCGUUGCUAGUACCAUUAGUAGUAACUUAAGUGAGACACCUUCAGUUCUUAGUUUUGCUGUUGAUGUUCGAAGGAGGAACACAGGAGAGAACUGUGUUUUUGAUGCACAUCUGUUGAGGCUUCAGUAUAAUCGACAGUUGCAAUGGCGCUUUGUUAAUGCUAGGACAGCAGCAGCCUUGUUGGUGCAGAAACGCGGUGCAGAAAAAAAACUGUGGAAUACAUGGAUCACAAUUUCAGAUCUACGUGACACUGUCACCAAGAAAAGACACAGGUUGCACUUGCUGAGGCAAAAGUUGAAGCUGGCCUCCAUCCUCAAGGGACAAGUAACCUGCCUGGAAGAUUGGGCUUUUUUAGAUAAAAACCACUCCAUUUCUUUGCUUGGAGCAAUUGAAGCUUUGAAGGCUUGCACUCUUCGUCUUCCUGUUGUUGGAGGAGCGAUUGGUGAUAUUCAAAGCUUGAAGGAUGCUGUUGCUUCAGCUGUUGAUGCGAUGCAAGCAGUGGCAUCCUCGAUAUGUUUAACAUUGUCAAAGGUAACCUGCCUGGAAGAUUGGGCUUUUUUAGAUAAAAACCACUCCAUUUCUUUGCUUGGAGCAAUUGAAGCUUUGAAGGCUUGCACUCUUCGUCUUCCUGUUGUUGGAGGAGCGAUUGGUGAUAUUCAAAGCUUGAAGGAUGCUGUUGCUUCAGCUGUUGAUGCGAUGCAAGCAGUGGCAUCCUCGAUAUGUUUAACAUUGUCAAAGGUAACCUGCCUGGAAGAUUGGGCUUUUUUAGAUAAAAACCACUCCAUUUCUUUGCUUGGAGCAAUUGAAGCUUUGAAGGCUUGCACUCUUCGUCUUCCUGUUGUUGGAGGAGCGAUUGGUGAUAUUCAAAGCUUGAAGGAUGCUGUUGCUUCAGCUGUUGAUGCGAUGCAAGCAGUGGCAUCCUCGAUAUGUUUAACAUUGUCAAAGGUAAAUCUCAUUGGCUUAUUUUGUAGGGCAUACUUUUCCCUGGAUGUUAUUAUUGUUGUUAACAUUGUAAAUGGAAUGCUGUCAGCAUGA